AUGGCGGUGCAAGAUACCGAUAAUCCGGCUUCUCAGGCGAUUGCCACCUUCACUACCCUACUCGAACACUUUCUUUCUGAGGCAGAAACUUCAAAACAAACUUCAGCUAUCGAGCCAGCAUUACGCAAGUCCGAUUUCGAUGAUCUCUCAGGACGAAUCACGAGAACCGCAGUCGAUGUGGUGAGCCCAGCAGUUGAGGGUGCCAGGCCAGCGAACGAUAAAGGCCAACAGUUCGCCAUAAUAGAAACUGCUGCCCGUAACAUAUUCAGUCAUCUUAUUGCGACAACUACCAUCAACUCCCCCGACUACGUCAGAGUGUGGAAUCUCCUCGAUAUUCUCUCGAUUCUUUCCGAUGAUGGACAAUGUGACCCUGCACUCUUGUUCUGGCUCGCUGAGGAGCUUCUGGACAGCCAGACCAUUGCUGGGUGCCGUAAGAUCUUCGAUUUUCUUGAAUCGAGGCGAGAACGAAUCACUGCGAACCAUUUCAAGCAGAAACAACUUAUCAUUCUCCGAACAUGCAAUGAGCUACUGCGACGGCUAUCUCGUGCAGAGGAUACUGCUUUCUGCGGACGGGUCUUUAUCUUCAUGUUUCAGAGCUUUCCGCUUGGCGACAAGAGUUCUGUAAAUCUUCGGGGCGAAUACCAUGUCGAAAAUGUCACGACAUACGAAACAACGACGACUCGCGACGAUGACUUCAAGAUGGCUGUCGAUGAGCCAGAAGAGCAUUCGAAGCAGAUAGAGUCAAAGCCUUCGGCCAAGCCAGCAGAUGUCAAGAAGGGAGACAAGGAGAGGCCUCUAUCGACCGACGAGCUAUAUCCACUGUUCUGGUCACUUCAGGAAUACUUCAGUCAGCCCAAGAAACUUUUCGAGGCGUCAAGUUUGUCGUCCUUCAAGGGAAGUCUGAUGGCGACCAUGAAUGUUUUCCAGACUGUCCAUAAUGAUUCUAAACGGAGCCUCAAACGGAAGCGAGAGUCUAGCGAAGAAGAUGAGAGUUCCAACGCAUUUAACCCCAAAUAUCUCACUAGUAAAGACUUAUUUGACCUCGAGAUCAGCGACCUGUCAUUCCGACGACAUAUCCUGGUGCAAGCUCUGAUCAUCAUGGAUUUCCUUAUUUCACUAUCCGCUCAAGCGCGAGACAAGCUUACAGAAACCCUGCCUGCCACGGCCAGCGUAAACAAAGCUGUUAUGUAUAGCGAUCAGAUCCUGAGUGAAGAGGACGCUAAAUGGGCAACCGAUAUGAAAAAGAUCAUCGCCGAUUAUCUCCGGCAGGGGGUUGAUGGCCCGUACUUUUAUCGAAUGGUAGAAACCGUCCUGGCUAGGGAUAAGAACUGGGUUCGCUGGAAGAUCGAAGGAUGUCAACCCAUCAAACGAGACCCCGUCUCCCCGCCAAUCUUUGUGGAGGCGAAGGGUAAUGUCCAGCGCAUGGCCACUAACAAGCGAUUGAGGGCAGUUCCUAUGGGUUCUGUUUCCCUGGACUUUCUUAGGGAAGAAGACGAAAAGACAGCAAUGGGCCGGCUUAAGGCUAAGGAGAGGUAUGAGCUUCCAGAGCUCGAUACAUUCAAACGCAAGAUUGCCGACGAUGAUUUUGAGAUUGAGAUGCCGACCAGUGAUCAAACCAAGGCCAAUGCUAUUGCUGGCAAGGCCAGCAAAAGCUGGAGAGCGCUGCGGAUUGCAGCACGCACAAGGCUCGCCGCAUUUGACAAGAUUGAAGACCCUAAGAAGGUCGGCAUCGUUUUUGAAGAGAUCACGGAGGCGGACGAUAAUGAAGGUAUCACUGAGCCUGCAGCAAAUGACGACGAUAUACCUACCAACCGAGAACCUAUCAUUGUCUCGGAUGUCACCGGUGCAGACAAUUCGACAGUCAUCCACAGGUUAAUGGAAGAGCAUAAAGGGGUUUUCGCAACUGUCGUCAGACACACUACGCGGGAACCUCGAGACGGCGAAAUCAAUGGCAAGACCUUUCAUUUCGUCAAGCAACAAGAAUUCAAUCAACUCCGUGACGGCGAUCGAUUAAUAGAAUCAGGUACUCGUGGUGGGGCUGAUUAUGGAACUAGCACCAAAGCCAUCGAUGCUAUUACUGAGGCAGGCAAAGUUCCAAUAAUCGAGUUGGAUGUCGAGGCUGCACGUUACGCCAAAGACAUGGAUUUCGAAGCACGCUACGUGCUCAUCAAAACUUCAACAUCUGAAGCACUCGAGCAGCGUCUCAAGGCUUUGGGCAAGGACGACACUGCCAUUCAGGAGAUAUUGAAGAGCCUAGCGACAGAGCUUGAGCCAGAGAAGACAGAGGUGCUGUUUAAUACGACUAUUGUCGUCGACGACGAGCAACUAGCAGUCAAAAGCCUUCGGGACUUCAUCUACAGAAAGAGCAAAAGUGAGACUGCUGGGGACCAGGGUUUGAGGGAGGAUAUAUCUAUGAAAGAAGGACAUGAAGCAAACGACGAGUGUGCUGAGACAAAGGAGGCUACGAUGACGGAUGCGUAA